UGCUGCUGCGGCGGCGGCGGCGGUGGUGGCGGCGGUAGGGUGGCGGGAGCGGAGCGGGAUGGCCACGGCGGCCUCUAACCCCUACCUGCCGGGGAACAGCCUGCUAGCGGCCGGCUCGAUCGUCCACUCGGACGCGGCGGGGGCCGGCGGCGGCGGCGGGGGCGGCGGCGGCGGCGGCGGCGGCGGGGCGGGCGGCGGCGGCAUGCCGCCCGGCAGCGCCGCCGUGACCUCGGGUGCCUACCGGGGGGACCCGGCCUCCGUCAAGAUGGUGCAGAGCGACUUCAUGCAGGGGGCCAUGGCCGCCAGCAACGGCGGCCAUAUGCUGAGCCACGCGCACCAGUGGGUGACGGCCCUGCCCCACGCCGCCGCCGCCGCCGCGGCCGCCGCCGCCGCCGCCGUGGAGGCGAGCUCGCCGUGGUCCGGCAGCGCCGUGGGAAUGGCCGGCAGCCCCCAGCAGCCACCGCCGCCGCCGCCGCCGCCGCCGCCCCAGGGCCCCGACGUGAAGGGCGGCGCGGGGCGCGACGAUCUGCACGCGGGCUCCGCUCUGCACCACCGCGGGCCGCCGCACCUCGGGCCACCGCCGCCGCCGCCGCCGCCGCACCAGGGCCACCCCGGGGGCUGGGGGGCCGCCGCCGCCGCUGCCGCCGCCGCCGCCGCCGCCGCCGCCGCCGCGCACCUCCCGUCCAUGGCUGGGGGCCAGCAGCCGCCGCCGCAGAGCCUGCUCUACUCGCAGCCCGGGGGCUUCACGGUGAACGGCAUGCUGAGCGCGCCCCCGGGGCCGGGCGGCGGCGGUGGCGGCGGCGCGGGCGGCGGCGCCCAGAGCCUGGUGCACCCGGGGCUGGUGCGCGGAGACACUCCCGACCUGGCCGAGCACCACCAUCACCACCACCACCACGCGCACGCGCACCCGCCGCACCCGCACCACGCGCAGGGACCCCCGCACCACGGCGGCGGCGGCGGCGCGGGGCCCGGACUCAACAGCCACGACCCGCACUCGGACGAGGACACGCCGACGUCCGACGACCUAGAACAGUUCGCCAAGCAGUUCAAGCAGCGGCGCAUCAAGCUGGGCUUCACGCAGGCCGACGUGGGGCUGGCGCUGGGCACCCUGUACGGCAACGUGUUCUCGCAGACCACCAUCUGCCGCUUCGAGGCCCUGCAGCUGAGCUUCAAGAACAUGUGCAAGCUCAAGCCGCUGCUGAACAAGUGGCUGGAGGAGGCGGACUCGAGCACCGGCAGCCCCACGAGCAUCGACAAGAUCGCGGCGCAGGGCCGCAAGCGCAAGAAGCGGACCUCCAUCGAGGUGAGCGUCAAGGGCGCGCUCGAGAGCCACUUUCUCAAGUGCCCCAAGCCCUCUGCGCAGGAGAUCACCAACCUGGCCGACAGCCUGCAGCUCGAGAAGGAGGUGGUGCGGGUCUGGUUCUGCAACCGGCGCCAGAAGGAGAAGCGCAUGACGCCGCCCGGGAUCCAGCAGCAGACGCCUGACGACGUCUACUCGCAGGUGGGCACCGUGAGCGCCGACACGCCGCCGCCGCACCACGGGCUGCAGACAAGCGUGCAGUGAAGGCCCGGGCGCAGCGCGGAGCGGGCCGCCGCCGCCGUCGCCGCCGCUGUCACGCCGCCGCCGCCGCCGCGGCCGGGCGGGCCGGGCCGCCCUCCCCUCCUCCCAAAGACAGGCCUGCCCGCCCUCGGGGGGGAAGGAGAGGGACGCACCGAGGAGACGUUGUUUGAAGUCCAAGGAAGGAGGGGCGAAACAAACAAACAAACAAAGCCUAGAAAUGCCCAGACUGUUUUAUAUACACGACCGUGGCAGAACCGGAAGAGAAAAGGGGGCGAUCGUGAGAUCUCGUUUCUACUCUGGUGGGGGCUCGUUUUGGGGGUUUCUUUUUAAAGAAGGGUGAAGAUGCCUAGCGCCCCAAAACUGCGCUCGCGAGGCUUUUCCCACCCUGAGAAGUCCUACGGGGCGACGGUGGAGAGCACUUAGCACCUGCCUCGUCCUAUCUUCUUAAAAAAACAAACAAACAAACAUUUGUUUAAAAAAAAAAAUCCCCCUCCCUCCCACCUCUUCCCUCCAAAGGGCCGCCCCCCGCCCCUCGCCUCGAGAGAUCCACCGAAACUUUGUUUCCUGGGAGCGACCAGACAGCAGGCAGAGGCACCGGGUUUAAUCAGGGGUGACUCUGUGCUCCCGGACCCUGUUGUUCUUGUCCAUAUCAAAGUCAUUUGGGGACAAACAAAUUGACUAUGAAACGGGAAGGAGAAAAAAAAAGAACAAUCUCUGGAAAACAAGAAAUAUAUAUAUAUACAUAUAUGUAUUCACAGCUUCUGAAAUUAACAGACUGAUAGCAAAGCCAAAAGAAAAAGAAUACGUAUCCUCAAAGUAACCUUGGAAAUAAAAGCAUCUCGAAAGAGCAGAGGAAUGGGCGAGGGAGCAGGGGAUGUCCAGCGGCCAGUGGGAGAGGCCCCGGCGAAUCCGGGCGCGGGCGGGCGGACAGGGCGCGGAGCGAGGCCUGGCAUCCAACCCCGGCUUAUCGGCUGCCGCUCCGAUGGGUGGACGACGCCUAAAGAAGCCACCGCUAAUAUUUUUUUUAUUAAUAUUUUUUAUUUUUUAUUUCUGGACUGACUCAGAUCAAGGGAUUUAGAAAGACAGCACUUCUCCGGACUCUUCUUCUCAAUCCGUUGCCAACUUUGAUUGAAUGGGUGCUGUGGAUGUGAUUAUAUAAUACUGCCCUUUCCAAGCAGUGUUUUUGGUAGGUUUUAAUAAACAGACUUUUCAAAAGACGGCAAUAUAGAAUUGUUAGAUCCGUUGUUGAUCUAAAAAUAUUUGCUUUAUAUUUUCAUUAAAUGACUUCUUUUAAUAUUUUAUUCAGAAUACUUAUGAACUGCUGCAAAACGGUAAUUUAUUUUUCCCCAGAUCUUGUAUUACGUGUUUUUUUCAGACGAGCACAAAUCAAAAUGAAAUGAAAAUAUGGACAGUUGCUAGGUAAUAAGGGUAUCUUUUGAUGUGAUCAUUUGAUUGUAAUUUAAUUUGAGUAGUGAUUCCAUAAGAGCUGAUCGAGAAAAUAAAUUUGUUAGAAUGAAAUAGUCUGUGUCUGAUGCAUAAACACUGUGUGGGAAGAAGAGAGUCCUUUAGAAAAUAUUUUUUUACAAUGCAAAUCCUUAAGGGAUAGAGCUGAGGAAGCCGUCAGCUCCACCUAAGGUACAUUUGCAAAUCUAGAAUAAAAGGCAAUGACAGAAACCACUGGUAAUUGACAAAGUAGUCACUCCUUGUUAGUCUGUUAAUUUCACAAAAUUUGUCCCUCCCUUAAUUUUAGUGGGUGUUUUUAGUGUUUUUAGGUGAGAUUGUCUAAAUGCUAGUCCUUUUCUCAGAGAUACCUGUGUCCUUUAUCAUCUUUAUCAGAAUGUUGGACUACAUCCCCAGUAAAAAUGUGCCAACUGGUUACUAAUGGUGAACACAAGAGUCCCUCACCACCACCACCAAAGUUUAGCCUCUCUUUUCCCUCUCAUCUCCCCUCCCCCACCAUAUUGCUACAUCUCUUUCCUCUUUUUUCUGAAGACUAAUAGUGGUAAAGAAUAGCUUACAAGUCGAUGAAAUCUUUUUAUAUCGAUUACGUCCCAUUAAUAACUAUAUGUAAUUAAGUUUAAAUUAUUAAGCCGUUUUGGGGGGUGGGUUGUUUGGUUUGUUUUCUCUAUAAUGGAAGAAUGUAGUUCUAAACUCCUGAUUGUGGUCCACACUGCAUUACCCUCAGUGUGAUCACCAGCUCAGACUUAAGAUUCUACAUUUCUGUGUUUCCGUCUUUCCCCAGUAUGAUUCUAUAUUUUCUUUACCGGUGCUGGGGGUUUUCACUUUUUGAUCACUCUUUAGAUACACCCUGCAAGAGCGGUCACAUUUAUCAAGUUAAUGUAUCAAUAUUUACAAUGUGGGAAAAUGAAAGUGUAAUGCCUCAGGUUGUAAGUAACAAGACGCAAAAGGCUCUGCUUCCUUGAGUCCCUUCGUAUUGUACGUUAAAAAAAAAAAAGUAUUUGGGGGUGAUAAAGCAAUGAUUUUGUAGAUUAGUUUCCCCCUAAUCUCAUUGAGCUGUCACUCACUUUUUGCGUCUUCUCUCAUCUUUACUCCCUCUCCCUGUGAUAUCAAUGCAGGGGUUAAAAAACCCGGAAAACUGUGAGAGCAACAAGGAACAGUUAUUUCUUCCAGACAGACCCUGUGUCACUUUCAUAAAUCAAGCCCAGCCAGAUGGCCGUGUAUUGGGUUGCAUUAUUUUAAACACCAAAUCGUACUAAAAAUCACAAUCAUUUUGAUUUGUGAAAUCUGAAAAAGGCCAUAUUUAUUAAACAGAGAGCAGGGAAAGAAUGAAAACAAGAAACCACAAUUUACUUUUCUUUGCCUUCUCGUUUCCUAUUUGUCUUGCUAUUGUAAUCUCUUUGCCCAGCAUAUUUACAACCUGGAGUGGGGAGGGUGGUGACAAACUUUAUCAUUUUUUGAGGGUCUACAGGGGCAAGCACGGAAGGCCUUAUUGGAAAUCUGAGGACUGGGUGUGGUUGUUUUUAUAGGGUGGGUGCUAUUGGCGUGUGAGAUGAAAACCUAUGUUCCCUACAGGACUCAGAGUGGUUGAUGAGACAGAGAAUGGGUCUAUUUCAAAUGUUAGGAGGCAUUUGCUUACUUGAUUUGGCUGACAACAAAAGAACUAACAUUGGAUUUCACCCUGUUUUCUAUUAAAAAGUAACCUUUGCUGUUUACUUUGGAAGAAGCUCUGAUUUAGAGGUAGCAGAGUAACUUAGAGCAGCUGGGAAAGCUGGCCCAUUUUAUUCCAUUAUUUUGUAGUUUUUUAAAGUGAGCUCAUGCUUGCACUCCAUUUUUUUUUUUUUAAAAAUCAACCCUUUGAAUGUAUUUACAAAAUGAAAUUCAUGGUUGGAAAACAAGUGAGGGCAGAUACAACUGAGAGGUUUUGUGCUAAGGCUUAUAUUGUUACACAUGUAAAUAAUGAAAAUAUUGUUAUAUAUCACCAGAUCUUUUUAAUGAAUUUGGUCAUUGUGUUCCUUUGUAGGCAAGUGUCUUGUGCUUCGUCAAGUGUUCGUUUGUUUCCUCCAUUUCAGCCCACCCCCUCCUCCCCUUCCAACUCAGAGGAAAGUGACAAAGUUCUGUUCCAUCAAUCUGGCUAAUCCCAAGCUAGGCCCAUUUAUAGUUUGCAGUCUCCCGUGGCUUCUGAUCAGUUGUCCAAGCUACAGCCAUCUCAUUCACCCAACCAUCUUCCCCUGCAAGUCUGGGCGAUAAAUCAUUCAAGGUGUAUUUAAAAUAGUCACUUUGCUGUAGUUGCUCUGCCUUUUUUUUUCUUUAAGUACUUAGCCAAGGACUACUUCUUUGUUCCAAAACCGUACUAUUCAUUAUUGAUCUUAAAGAUUCCCUUUGCUUCCCUGUAGCCCCCAGUGUACGCUCGUUACCAUGCUCAUAAUCUGUUUUGUAUGAAUGGUUUUCAACAUCCAGAGAAUAAUCAGUUCUAAUAUUAAAUGCAGUCUAUGCUAUUGAUAGUUUUAUCGAUAAGUGUAAUAUUUUAAAUAAUUUUAACAAUUAAAUUUGUUUUUUAAAUUAUAUAUUUGUAAAGUAUUUAUCCUGUUGGAAGCAACAAUAUAUUGUUGUAUUUAUUCGUUUAUUUUUGUAAUAAAUGAUCAACCUCUUCAAGCUAAAUCAAAAA